AUGCAGACACUUUCAGCCUCUUUUGCGGCUGCUGCUGGCGUGUCGCAUGAAAGUCUUCCUAGGCACGUUCCCACCCUCACGUUGCUGAAGCGCAUACUUGUCUUGACUGUGAAGUUAAGCAUUGCUCAGGUUGCUCAAUUUUCGCUUGGAAUAACUUUGCUUGCUGUUGUUGGGAAAAUUGGUGUGAGGGAGUUGGGUGGCGCUUCGCUUGCGAACGGGCUAGUGAACGCCACAGUGUUUGCAUUUGGUGCCGGUUUCUCUGGAGCCCUUGAAACUAAGCUUUCCCAUACAUUUAGCCGUAAUCCAAAGGAUAAGAUGUACGGUGUCUACACUCUGCGGAUGCUCAUAAUGCUCCUCAUCACAUUCGUACUACUUUCUCCGGCUAUCCUUUUCUUGGACAGAGUGCUGGUGGCCAUGGGACAAGAUCCAGCUGUGAUUGACUUCACGGGUGAGUUCUGUCGCUUGUCGAUUUGGGGUAGUUUCUUCGCCAUGUUGCUAGAGCUACUGCGUCGCUACUUCGCGUGCCAGCACCUUUCCACUUCCUUCUCUGUGAGUCUUGUUAUUGGCGCCGUUGUGUACCCCUUUCUCCUUAUUGGACUGGUUAAAGUGAUGGGAUUCUCUGGUGUUGCUGUUGGGUGGUCUCUUCUCAUGAUAUGCACUACCACUGGGUUGGUGCUUUAUGUUGUUGUGACUAAAAAGUAUCUCGCUACCUGGGGCGGUAUUGAGGAUGCAAUCUACCGUAAUUGGGGACCCUUACUUAAGCUUGGUCUUUCAUCAAUGGCUAUGAUGCUCAGUGAGUGGGUCGCACUGGAGAUAAACAGCAUCUGCGCUGGCUUUGGCACGAAAGAGGAAUUAGCUGCUUUUGGCAUUACUUAUCAAAUGUCUGGUAUUUGUUGGGCCAUCACCUCUGGAACAUUUAUUGCUGCUUCUGUGUUAGUUGGUGGAGCAAUUGGUGAGGAGAGACCGAUGUUUGCUCGCCGUCUCGCCAUUUUGUGUUUGGGGACUUCCGUCGCUAUUUCGUUAUGCAAUGUUGCCAUUCUUCUGGCCACUCGGAACCUAUACCCGCGUAUUUUUACCGACGACGAGAAGGUGGUGGAGAUUGUUGGUUCCUUAAUGAACUAUGUGUUUGUUUAUCAUAUUUUCGAUGCGUUUCAGAGCUGCAUGAUGGGCGUGCUGCGUGGGUGUGGAAUGCAGAAGCAAGGCGCCAUUGUUAUCUGUCUUGUCUACUCCGUCGUUGGUGUGCCACUGGGUCUUCUACUUUUCUUUUUCACUGGUUUUGGUAUACAGGCGUUGUGGCUCGGUCCCCUUGUUGGUGCCGCUGUAGUUGGCUUUCCAACGUAUCUGUACAUGAUGAUGCGUUACAUUAAGUGGGAUACGCUGAAACCAUCCGUGGAAGUAUAUGAUGGUGAGUGGGAGGAGAGUGAGGAGAGCGGUGUUUUGGAGGAUGUGGCAAAGGUGAAUGAACCCAUUGGCGCCGAAGGUGAUGUAAUAACUACUUUGUCCAGUAAUGCCCCUACACGUGUUACGACCAACUCUACCGAGCAGGAAGAUGUGAGUCGGCGACACCAGUAA